GUGUGUGUGUGUGUGUGUGUGUGAGAGAGAGAGAGAGAGAGAGAAGGAGAGAGAGAGAUAGAAGGAAAAGGAAGAAAGAGCAGAGCAUAAUUAUCUCCGCUGUUUGGCGCCAAUCUGCCAGAGAAAGAAAAGGCCAAUAAAGGAGAAUGCUGAUACCGUGUGUUUGUAUUCGGUCGCGGUGUUGAGUUAGCCGGGCUCUCUGUUCGAGCGUAGCUCGUUGUUUUGUUACUGUGGGCUAGUUAGCUUGCUCGUUAGCUAACUAGCAUUUUACCAUCCUGUGCAUCAAAGCCCGUCUCCUCUUCAGACACGGGUUUCUAGCGAGCCAACUUCCUAAGGCAGUUGGUAGCACAUAGCCUAAGUUUCUCCAAGGCGGUUGUUUUAAAGUCUGCGAAAUGGGGAGAAAGUCAAAUAGAGCAAAAGAGAAGAAGCAGAGAAGGCUUGAAGAAAGGGCAGCCAUGGAUGCUGUGUGUGCUAAAGUGGAUGCAGCCAAUAAGCUUGAUGACCCUCUGGCUGCUUUUCCAGUGUUCAAGAAGUACGAUAGACGUGGGUUAAAUCUGGAUAUUGAGUGCAAGCGGGUGUCCGCACUGUCUCCCAUCACUGUGGAGUGGGCCUAUGAGCUGACCAGAGCCAACAUGCAGACGCUAUAUGAACAGAGUGAGUGGGGGUGGAAGGAGCGGGAGAAGAGGGAGGAGAUGAAGGACGAGAGGGCGUGGUAUCUCCUGGCACGCGAUGCUGAAUCCACACCUGUUGCUUUCUCUCAUUUUCGUUUUGACGUUGAAUGCGGUGACGAAGUGUUAUAUUGCUAUGAAGUCCAGUUGGAGAGCAAGGUCAGACGGAAAGGUUUGGGGAAGUUUCUCAUCCAAAUUCUACAGCUCAUCGCCAACAGUACACAGAUGAAGAAGGUCAUGCUGACAGUAUUCAAACACAACCAUGGGGCCUACCAGUUCUUUCGGGAGGCCUUACAAUUUGAGAUCGACGACACUUCGCCCAGUAUGUCUGGUUGCUGUGGAGACGACUGUUCCUAUGAGAUUCUGAGUCGACGAACAAAAUACGGCGAGUCCUCAGGUCACGCGCAUGCUGGCAGCCACUGUGGAGGCUGCUGCCAUUAGGUGCACCCUUCCUCCUUUGUUACAGAAACACUCCUCAUCCUACACUUCAAUCAGCAAUCACCUCUUUGCCCCAAGUUACCUCCAUAUAAAACGCCCUUAAGCCUAGUUCAGUCACUCUCUUUGCAAGAGUGCAGGAUGCCGGACAAGAGCUUGUCAGAGUGCCUCUGAUAUUGGGUUGGUGUCAGUCAAGCAAGCGUUUAGGAAAGUGUUCUUUCAUGUUAUCAUGAGCGUUCCCAUUUGCUGUCAGAUUUUGAGGUGAAAAGUUUUCAGUAGGUUAUAGUUUAUAAGGUACUUGAGAAAGAAAUAAAAAAUACAUUUUAGAUGCGUGAUCAAAUCAUUUCAGAUGUUCAGAUGUUUUAUUUGCAUUUAAUUCGGAUCACGAACCUUGCAAAAAAAGUUUUUAUAUAAUUUAAGUAUAAAUCAGUCAUACCAGAGACUGUUCUAACAGUCAGUUUUGGGUUUGUAAGGCCAUGAUUGCUUUACUUUUCUACCUCUGUGUUGGCCAUGAUUUUAUUAGUUUUUCUUUGAAUCAAUGUGAAAAAGUGCAGCAUUUGUAAAAGGAGGUGCUCUGUGGAGGCUCUGCGCUCUAUAGUGGAGAAUGAGAAUUUGUAUGUCUUUUUAGAUACAUGAUACAAAUGGUGCUCCUAAGUCAUUCUAAAGAUGUAUGAAUGAGGCGUAGUGAAGUUACGGCUGUGGAGUGAUGACUGAACUUGGCCUUAGAUUAGAUCUCUCAAAGCAGUGGCAUCUAUGAAGGUUCCUCCUUGCACUUGUUCUUAGUUUUAGCCUGAAAUUGGAGGUACAAGAACUGUGUUUCAUCUUCUGUUUCAUUAAGAACAACAGAGAUGGCAGUAAAGGCUACUGUGACAGCUCUGUGUAAUGACCUCUUCUCACCUCAGGAACAAGCAUGGUAAGUUUGUUCUUAGAUCAGCACAUCCUGUUCUGAUAAUCACAACAAGACUCAAGGCUGCACUUUACGCUUUUCAGCCUGCAGGUUGCUGCCUCCCAGGCUGCCGA